CCUGCGCAGAGGAGAGAAAGUGCCGGUUGGCGGUUGAUGCUCCGCAGUGACAGAACGAGCAAGCAACUCGCCGAGGUGCCGUCUCCCCGCCGCGAGCGUUGUCCCGCCAGGGCCCGCCGCGGUAACGCGGAGGGAGGGGUGAGGAAGAAAGCGGACCGCACCCGCCGCAGUCAUGUCUGUGGUGGGCAUCGACCUGGGCUUUCAGAACUGCUACAUCGCGGUGGCGCGGAGGGGCGGCAUCGAGACCAUCGCCAACGAGUACAGCGACCGCUGCACCCCGUGAGUUUUAGCCUUCCAACUGGGCUUUGGGCAACAACCUCCGCUCCGGAGGGAUUAACGGCAGCUCGUGCUCUUUCCGUUGGCUCCUUCCCCGGCAGCCUCCGCCUCAUGAAACCUUUUAAGGAGCUUUCCCCCACCCCCACCCCCACCGGUGCCACUCUGCCUACCUGGAAAUUACGCUAUUGGGCAAGGGCGGUUAGAAUUACAAGCUUCUCUCUCCCUGGAUUAUGAGCUGUUAUCAUAGUUUUACAAACCCAUAGUAGAGCUUGUAUAUCUUUGGGAUCCAAAGCCCGGACUAUUGGAAAUGCAGCAAAAAGCCAGAUUAUCACAAAUAUUAAGAAUACAUUACAUGGAUUUAAAAAGCUGCAUGGGAGAGCAUUUAAUGAUCCGUUUAUAAAGUCUGAGAAAGAGAAACUGCCAUAUGAGCUUCAGAAAUUACCUAAUGGGAGUGUAGGAGUGAAGGUACGUUAUUUGGAUGAAGAGAGAUUAUUUGCUAUUGAACAAGUUACUGGUAUGCUAUUAGUUAAGCUUAAGGAAACAUCAGAAAGUGCACUUAAAAAGCCUGUAGCAGAUUGUGUCAUUUCCAUCCCAAGCUUUUUUACUGAUGCUGAGAGAAGGUCUGUUAUAGCAGCAGUGCAAGUGGCAGGUUUAAAUUGCUUGAGACUAAUGAAUGAAACUACAGCAGUUGCUUUAGCCUAUGGAAUUUAUAAACAGGAUCUACCAGCCCCAGAGGAGAGACCAAGGAAUGUGGUUUUUGUAGACAUGGGACAUUCUGCCUACCAGAUUUCUAUUUGUGCUUUUAACAAAGGAAAAUUGAAGGUACUUGCUACCACAUUUGAUCCCUUUUUGGGUGGUAGAAACUUUGAUGAUGCUUUGGUAGAUUAUUUCUGCGAAGAGUUCAGGAUGAAAUAUAAACUUAAUGUUAAGGACAAUGGUCGAGCAUUGCUGCGGUUAUACCAGGAAUGUGAAAAACUGAAGAAGCUGAUGAGUGCAAAUACUUCUGAUCUUCCAGUAAACAUAGAAUGCUUUAUGAAUGACAUUGAUGUCUCUAGCAAAAUGAACAGGGCUCAGUUUGAACAACUGUGUGCAUCUCUUCUAGCCAGAGUAGAACCUCCUUUGAGAGCAGUGAUGGAACAAGCGAAACUACAGCGUGAAGAUAUUUACAGUGUAGAAAUAGUAGGUGGAGCAACUCGUAUUCCAGCUGUGAAGGAACAGAUUUGCAAUUUUUUCUGUAAAGAGAUAAGUACCACAUUAAAUGCAGAUGAAGCUGUUGCAAGGGGUUGUGCAUUACAGUGUGCAAUUCUGUCCCCAGCAUUUAAAGUUCGUGAAUUUUCCAUCACAGAUGUUGUUCCUUACUCAAUUACUCUGAGGUGGCAAUCAUCUUAUGAGGAAGGAACAGGUGAAUGUGAAGUCUUCAACAAAAAUCAUGCUUCUCCAUUCUCAAAAGUUAUUACUUUCCACAAAAAAGAGCCUUUUGAGCUGGAAGCAUUUUAUACACAUCCUCAUGAUGUCCCUUAUCCUGAUACAAGAAUAGGGCAUUUUGUUAUUCAAAAUGUUGGUCCCCAAAACGAUGGUGAUAAUUCAAAAGUUAAAGUUAAAGUGCGAGUUAAUAUCCAUGGAAUCUUCAGUGUGGCUAAUGCAUCUGUAGUAGAGAAGCAAAAUUUGGACAAUGAGCCUAAUGAUAUUCCAAUGGACACAGAAUUGUCAUGUAGGAAUCAAAGCAAAGAUGAACUGGCUAAAAUGCAGAUUGAUCAAGAUGAUGGUAAUCAAAAGAGCCAAAUAGAACAAAGUCAAACAGAUGAGGAAACUGAUCAUAUAGGUACCGAAGGAAAAACUGCUUCAGGAGACAAGAUUGAUGCAAAUCAGUCAAGCAAAACAAAGAUCAAGAGCAUUGAUCUACCCAUCCAUGUUAACUUAUAUAGACAGGUUGAACAGGAUCUUAUUAAUUGCUACAUUGAAAAUGAGCGGAAAAUGAUAAUCCAAGACAUUCUGGAGAAGGAGAAAAAUGAUGCGAAAAAUGCUGUUGAAGAAUAUGUGUAUGAUUUGAGAGAUAAACUUUGUGCCGUCUAUGAAAAAUUCAUAACUGAAGAUGAUUCAAGAAGAAUAACAUUAAUGUUAGAGGAUGUAGAAAAUUGGCUUUAUGAAGAUGGAGAGGACCAACCAAAACAUGUAUACGUGGAAAAACUUCAGGAAAUGAAAAAAUUUGGUGGCCCUAUUCAUGAUAGAUAUAAGGAAUACGAAGAAAGACCAAAAGCUUUAUUUGAUUUAGAAAAUAAACUCCAGACGCUUAUGAAAGCUCUAGAAGAAUACGAAAAAAAGGAUAAAAAAUAUGAUCACAUUGAUCCUGUUGAUAUGGAAAAGGUUGAAAAAUAUGCCAGUGAAACUAUGAACUGGUUGAGCUCAAAGAUGCAUAUACAGCACAGACUGAAUUUGACACAGGAUCCUAUUAUUAAGGUGGCAGAAAUAAAAGCAAAAUCUAAGGAACUGGACAAUUUAUGUAAUCCAAUUAUUUACAAACCUAAGUCCAAAGCAGAACCACUGUCUAAAGAUCAAGGAAAAACUAAUAGUGAACAAAACAGGCCAAUGAAUGGACAAAGCAGCUCUGAUACUAAAUUAGACGAUAGUUGCCAGCAGCCUAAAUCAUCUGAAGAAAUGGACAUGGACUAAGUUUUACAAUUCUUUGAGUUCAUUAAAAACAGUGCAAGUAAUCAGAGGGUCCUUUUUUUCUUAAUUCACACUACAUAUGUUGAGUUAUUUAGAAAACUUUCUGUCCUUUAUUCUUUUCACUAGGUUUGAAACUGUUUUUCUAUUGAGUACAUUCUUAUUGUUCAUUCCAUUAAGCUUAUUGUGAAGCUUUAGUUGAAUGUAGAUUGUAAUCAGUUUAAGCUUUUAUGAUAUAUUUUAUAUCAAAGAAGCAGAAUUGAUACAUAAAUGAUAACAAUCUACCUUAUUCAAAGCUUGUAUUGUAAGCCACUGCUCCUUUAUUCAUGACAGACCACUGUAUUGCACUUUCGAUGCUGAAGUGUAGAUUUUUGCAUCUUUAUUUUAGAAAAUAUUCAGUUUGACAUGGCUUGAACAUUGCCACCAGAAGCACUGAUCUUUUUUUAAAUUGUUGUAUUGUUCUAAUAUAAAUAUUAAAAUAGAGCUUAGUUGGCAAACUAGUUCAUCUUGUUGAUGUACCACAAAAACCUGUAAGAAUUUUGUUGAUCAAUAUCCAAAGCUUAAAAGGACCUUACACCAGCAGCAUUCUUUGUCAGCAAACUAGUAACAAGAUUUAAAAUAAAACUUGUGGUCCCCGUGUUCACACGGUCCUGUAUCAUAUUUUGUGUCGAUGCCGAGACGCUCUUAAAGUUGUAAUAGUAUGGAAUUGGAAGACUGUAACGAGAGAGACACAUGCUUUCAUUUCUCUUAAAUACCUCUGACCUAACUGGCUUGGGUUUAUUUAGAAUGCUGCCUUUGACUGUUUUUACAAAAUGCCCUCCUUGGAAUUAAACGUAAAAAAUACACACAUAAUAUAGUGUCAUCAAUUAAUAUUACUUAUACAAUUCCUUAUUUUUGUUUUACUUGGCAAAAAUAAUAUUCUUACUUUAGAGAUUGUGCUUACAGAAAGUUCAUGUAAUCGUUUUUGGUAAUUGUCCCAAGCAUUUGCAGAAUAACAUUUAAUAUAUCUUUAACAAAUAGAUAAAAAGAAGUUACUUGUUAUUUAAGCUUAAUAUCAGUACAGAUGAAUCUAAAAAAUAAUCUUAAAACAUGCUAACACCACCUAGCAAUCACAAUUUUUUAAUCAAAGUAAUCAUGUGGAGACUGAGAAUCGUACAUUGCUCAUUCCAAUUUUUGGGUGAAAAAUUAUAACAUAAAAUGUAUAUAUGCUUUUGCAAAAAUCUUGUAAAUCAGAUUUCUGUUCUUUUUAUUCCAGAUAUAAGUUGAUUUGCUAAGUUAUUAAAUUUUAGAUUUAACUGACUAGAUCCUAAAGAAGAAAUCAAUUUUGUGCUGCUGCUGCCAACAACAACAACAAAAGGUUUGUUCUUCAGCAACCAGACACAUUAUUUUGACCUAAAGAGGAAUUACUGGUAUAUGUUCUUUUUCUGAGUAUAGCAUGUGUUUUAUCAUAUCAUAUUCAUAUUAGUAUAGUAUGGUAGACACUGCUUUCCCAUCUGUCCUAAUCGAUUGAAAGAAGAGUAACAUAAAAACAUUUGUCAGCUACUCUUCAGUCAGCCUAUCAUGCCCGCCAGUGGAUUAUAACCAAAUUGCUUUGGAAUGUAGCAUAAAUAACUGAGGAUAGUUUACUAAGGAGAACCCACUACAUAACGCAUUAAGCACAUUUAUAUUAUUUUGGCUUAUAUUUCUACUGUUUAUGCAAUCAAUUUUUCACAAGCAGUAUUUAUAGAAGCAUUUUCAGGUAUAUAGUCUUUACCUAUGUAAACCUGUGGUAAAUUUUGAAUAUAUGUUUAUGUUAUUGUAUAUUAAUUCAGUGUAUGGUACAAUAACAGGUCUACACUUUAUGAUUUAUUUUAAACUUUCUGGUUUAGGGUAUGAUGCAUCUGUAUUUUAUUCUUUUUAUUCUUUUAUUCUUCCCACUAUUAUUUUUUAUUCUUUUAUUCUUCCCACUAUUAGCUAUCUUUUAGUUGAUGGUUUUUGAUGGAUUAUGAAAGGGAAAGAAGUAUGUCACCUUUCUGUUUAAGUACUUGACAUUAGACUGGAGAAUUAAUUUAAAGUGCAGUAUAAAAAUAUAUGAUGGGAUAUUAAUACAAAAAAACACAAUAGUAUAUAAAAAAUGUGCAGAACAUUCUAUAUUGAAAAAUUGUCCACUUAUGAGCAUGGUACAUAUAUAAGAAAAAAUGACUCAAAUACUAAUUUAAAGAGUAAAUAAAGGAAAAUAAAUUUGAAAAAGUUUGUGAAAUACAAAAGAAUAUCUAACCUGUAAUGAUACAAGCUUUUUAUGGGAUGGAAUCCUUUUCAUUAGUUGCAUGAAGUGCUAGCCUUACAAGGAUAUAUAUGAUAUAAACAGAGACAUAUAAAAUGAAGUUAAAUAGUAAUGACAUGCUAUUUGUUGCAGUCUAUGGCACUUCCAGUGUAUGAAAAAUAGUUGCCCUUACAUUAAUAGAUGCUAAUGAAAAAUGCUUAUAAGUGUAAGGAAAUCCUAAAGGAAAAUUUCUUGCAAGUGCUUUGCAGUUUCAUAUGGGUUGUUUCCCCACCACGUUUCGAAAACUGGUUUUUUUGUCCUACACUAUGUUAAAACUUAACAAAGAUAAGUUUGUUAACAAUUAUUUAUUAAGGGAUAACUAUUCUGAAUACACAUUCUUAGCCCGGAACAAAACUAUCUUGUGAAACCUUAUUAGAUUCUAUCUACUAUUACAUAAGAAUUCCAGGAGAUGCUAAACCUGCCAAUGAUUGGCUAAUGUUUCAUCUGUGGAAUUAAUUCUACUCUUUUCUCAGUCCUGAUAUUGGUAUAUAUGAACAUGGGCAAUUUAGUUUUACAAAAAAAGUCUUGAUACUACCUGGUUUUAUUCCCAUGUGAUCAGUUGUCUUACAAUAGAAAAUUGAUUAAUAAACUUAAUUACAUUAGCUAAUUUUGAUCAGCUCCUACUGUUUAGCUGUUUAUAGACAUCCCUAACUUCUUCCCAUUUCCUUCACAUAGCAUCAAAUUAUAUUUAAUGCCUUGUUUACCUAAUAAUAGUAAUACACUAAUUUCUCUCUAAAAUAAUUUCUUGGAAAAUACAAUCCAUUUUAAUAAACUUUUCAAACUAUCCUCAAACUAAAUUAGACUAAAACUCAAAAUAUUUUUGUGAAAAUAUAAUGAAGUUAGUUUGUAGGGAAAGAGAGAAGCAUGAAUGGCCAGGGUUCCUAGAAGACAAUUAGAAACUUGAUUUUUUUCUCUCUUGUACACAACCAAAACAUUAUACGUGCCUUAAAGGUUCUUUUAUUGUCAGACUUAAUAAGGAAAAUUUUUACAGAGCAGCUUGGAUGAACUGGAUCCUCAGCUGAACUACAGAAGGUGAUUUCAUACUAAGUGUAUACCCAUUUCAUGAUGUGCUGUUUUUUAAAACUAUGAUCUAAAUGGACAUAUUUCUGAUGGUACUGAACACAGAUACCGGGGGGGGGGGCACUUAAACACACUCAAUUUGAAAGAAACACUUCAGUAUUAGCAAGAAGCUGAACUGAAGUCACCUGCCAUUGUGAAUUUGAUUAGUUCAACAAAUUUUUGUAUUAUGUAGCAAAUAUAUUCUUCUAUAAACAUUGCCCAGUGGGACAGAGGAAUGUUCUCAACUUGCAUAAAUCUAUAGCAGUGUUACAAAAUGUUUCCUAUAUAUGUGAACAGAUAGAAUCUUUCAUAGUGACAUGCACAAAUUGACAAAUAUGUCAAUUGACUUCUAAGUAGCAAUAUAAAUUGCUAGAGAUUGUAUGUAAUAUAUUUUUAAUAAAUAUUUAAAUUUA